AGUAGUUGGUGUGACCUUUUCGUCUCGAAGUCCUCUUUCUUUGUGGGCGCAUUUGGUUCGUGUGGAUUUGACCUCCCUGAAAUUCCCCGAAAACUAAGCGCCCACUAAUCUCAUGGUUCAAGAGUUCAAUAUUGACGCUUUUAUCGAGCGUCUUUUAGAAGGUACUUUUCUCUUGUCGUUGGACCAUUUAAUUUGUUUGCUAGUUCGAUGUGGCAGACCAGGUACUUUGGUGGAAAUGAAAGAGGAUGAAAUCCGUUAUAUAUGUGAGAAAUCUCGUGAAAUCUUUCUUGCUCAGCCAAUACUGCUUGAAUUGGAAGCCCCUCUGCAAAUCUGCGGUGAUAUUCACGGUCAGUACACGGACUUAUUGAGGCUGUUCGAACACGGCGGGUUCCCACCAGCCUCAAAUUACCUCUUUCUCGGAGACUACGUAGACCGAGGAAAACAAAGCCUGGAGACAAUUUGUCUGCUAUUGGCCUACAAAAUUCGCUACCCAGAGAAUUUCUUUUUGCUUCGCGGUAACCAUGAAUGCGCUGCGAUCAAUCGAAUUUAUGGAUUCUACGAUGAAUGUCUUUCUCCUGACCUCCAAAAUAUGGAACAGAUCAGACGCAUCCUAAGACCCUCAGAUAUACCGGACACUGGUCUACUCUGUGAUCUUUUAUGGUCCGAUCCGGACAAGGAUGUCACGGGGUGGGCCGAGAACGACCGUGGGGUGAGCUUCACAUUCGGCCCGGAUGUCGUCUCCAAGUUCCUCAAUCGGCAUGAUUUGGACUUGAUUUGCCGAGCACAUCAAGUAGUCGAAGAUGGCUUCGAAUUUUUCCAUCGACGACAACUGGUCACCCUGUUCUCCGCGCCCAACUACUGUGGUGAAUUUGACAACGCUGGAGGGAUGAUGACAGUGGAUGAGAAUCUGACAUGCUCUUUUCAGGUACUGAAGCCAUCGGAGAAGAAAGCCAAGUACCAGUAUCAUGGAAUGACUCCAGUGACCCAGCAACAGCCUGCAGCACGUGUGGCACAGCCCCGCGUCACGUGAUCACAGUAUUUUAUCCUCAACUCCCCCAUUGUACACCGUAUUUUGCCCCUGGAGUACUAUCCUUCUACGGAUAGGUCGGUGUUUCCGCUUACUUCGCUUUUCCUGGCGACGGAGAUGAGCGGUGCCUUCCAACCGAAUACGUAUUCGUGUGUAAGCUAUCGAUUUGUCGGUCACUCCGUUCUCUGUGCAUCAGAAUGCCAUCGGUGUGUUAGCUGGUUUCGGGGUAGCUGGCCUCCAUGCCUUUCAGCAUGUUAUUUCGUUUGUCGCCAGACACCUUCGUUUUGUCAUAGUCUUCUAAUCGCGUACCGAUGGUGACGGUGGUGAUCGUUCCACCCCCAUCUACCUCCUCCCCUUGUAUCCUUAUCCGCUUGUGUGAAUCUUAUUUCUUGCGUGCGUUUUUCUUCAAACUUGUUUACAACUUUCCACACAAAUCAAGAACAUCCGACACUGUUACUUGUGAUCGUUUAUCUCCACUCUUUUUAAUUCGCCACCUAUCGUUGUUAUUCACUGCAGUUUUCGGUCCGUCUUGCUCAUGUGAGCGAGCGUGUUCACGCACCCCCAUAACACUCACACAAAGCAGAAAACUUUGUACCAGGUUCUGCAGUAUUUCUGCAUUUUUUUCGAGCCAAGUGCACUUUUACACUCACAGACGUGCUAUGUAGAAAUGUGAAUGUACAACGUACAAGCGCACUUCCCUGUGCUUGUCUUUUCACUUUGGAACGCUUUUCAAGGCACAAACUCCCUGAGAGAAUGGUCCGCGGCCCGUAUAUACCUUCAGCCUAUCGGUUAUUUCCGUCUGCUACUGAGCCAUCAUGCUUUUUAUGAAGUAUGCUGUGUGCGUUACAAGACAGUCUUCGUCGAAA